AUGUACUUGUUUCUUUUUGUUUCUCUCUCUCUGUUUCACCUUUUCUUCUCUCUUUCUGUUUCGCCCUUUCCUUUUCUCUCUCUCUCUCACCCUUUCCUUUUCUCUCUCUCUCUCACCCUUUCCUUUUCUCUCUCUCUCUCACCCUUUCCUUUUCUCUCUCUCUCUCACCCUUUUCUUUUCUCUCUCUCUCGCCCUUUUCUUUCUCUCUCUCUCUCUCUCUCUCUCUCGCCCUUUCUUUCUCUCUCUCUCUCUCUCGCCCUUUUCUUUCUCUCUCUCGCCCUUUUCUUUCUCUCUCAUUCUUUCACCCUUUUCUUUUUUUCACUUCAACUUCUCAUUCUUUUCUUUCUUCACCAUGCUGAUGCAGUCAAACUUAACGAAGAAAAAGAAUUUGAUAGAAAUGAGGAGAGAUUCCGUUUUCUAAAGUGGGGUGCUAAUAAAUUAAAGAAUAUGCAUGUCCUUCCUCCUGGGAGUGGAAUUGUACACCAAAUCAACUUGGAGUAUAUUGCCAGAGUUGUCUUCAAUGUGAAUGGUCUGCUCUACCCAGAUUCAGUGGUAGGCACUGACUCUCACACUACUAUGAUCAAUGGACUUGGAGUGGUUGGUUGGGGUGUUGGUGGCAUUGAAGCUGAAGCUGUGAUGCUUGGUCAGUCGGUCAGCUUGAUCCUUCCAAAAGUUGUUGGUUAUAAGUUAAGAGGCAAAAUGGACCAAUACACUACCUCAACGGAUGUUGUCCUUACUAUCACCAAGAAUCUGCGAGCUAUUGGUGUAGUUGGAAAAUUUGUAGAAUUUUAUGGUCCUGGAGUGGCUCAAUUGUCCAUUGCAGACAGGGCAACAAUUGCUAACAUGUGUCCAGAAUAUGGAGCCACAAUCGGAUAUUUUGCAGUUGACCAAAAAAGUCUUGACUACCUUGUACAAACAGACCGAGGUUACCAUGAUAUCGAAUACAUAGAAGCUUAUCUGAAAGCCAAUCAUAUGUUCCGGGACUACACAGAUGCCUCGCAAGAUCCGGUUUAUUCAGAGUAUUAUGAAUUAGACCUAGGCACUGUACGUUCCUGCUGUUCUGGGCCUAAACGUCCACACGACAAAGUGCUUGUUUCAGAAAUGAAAGAUGACUUCAACAAUUGCCUUGUUGCCCCUGUCGGAUUCAAGGGUUUCCAGAUCCCUCCAGAGAAGUGCAAUACAACCAUUCCAUUUAUAUAUGAAGGCAAGGAAGAGAUUCUAAAACAUGGCUCUGUGGUGGUGGCUGCUAUUACCAGUUGCACCAAUACAAGCAACCCUUCAGUCAUGUUAGGUGCAGGUUUGCUUGCUAAAAAAGCUGUAGAAUCAGGACUAAGUAAAAAGCCAUAUAUAAAGACCAGUUUAUCACCCGGCAGUGGUGUAGUGACUUACUAUCUACGAGAGAGUGGUGUCAUUCCAUACUUAGAAAAACUCGGAUUCCAUAUAGUUGGAACAGUCCACAUAGAUUUUGAAACUGAGCCAGUUGGUCACAGUAGUGAGGGGAAAGCAGUUUACCUGAAAGAUAUCUGGCCAUCACGGGAGGAAAUACAGGCUGUGGAAAAGGAAUUUGUAAUUCCAGCUUUGUUUAAAGAAGUCUACAGAGUAAUAGAGGUUGGUUCCAAACGUUGGCACUCGUUAAAGGUGCCUGAUGGCUUGUUGUAUCCUUGGAAUCCAAAUUCAACAUACAUAAAAUCACCUCCUUUCUUUGAUGACAUGACCCUCCAGGUUGAACCUAUCCAAGAUCUUCACAAUGCUUAUGUCCUUCUUAAUUUAGGAGAUAGUGUGACAACUGACCAUAUAUCUCCGGCAGGUAGCAUUGCACGUAACUCACCUGCUGCCCGAUAUCUUUCCAGUUUAGGCUUAAAACCCAGAGAAUUCAACUCCUAUGGAUCUCGUCGUGGUAAUGAUGCUGUCAUGGCAAGAGGAUCAUUUGCAAAUAUUCGGCUUGUUAACAAAUUCAUGAAGAAACCUGGUCCAAAAACAAUACACAUCCCAACAGAGACAGUAAUGGAUGUGUUUGAUGCUGCUAUGAAAUACAAAGAACAGAAUCAUCCUCUCAUCAUAUUGGCUGGCAAGGAUUACGGGUGUGGCUCUUCAAGAGAUUGGGCUGCAAAAGGACCCUGGAUGUUGGGUGUUCGUGCCAUAUUAGCUGAGAGUUAUGAACGCAUCCACCGAUCAAACCUUGUGGGUAUGGGCAUUGUUCCCUUGCAAUAUCUUCCAGGAGAAUCUGCUGAAUUCCAUGGCAUCACUGGAAGAGAGAAUUUCUCAUUUGAAGUCCCCAAGAAAAUGUGUAAACACAUGAAAACAAAUGUGGUGCUGAGCACAGGAAAGACAUUUGAAGUGUUUGUGCGUUUUGACACUGAGCUAGAAAUGACUUAUUACAUGCACAAAGGCAUCCUUAACAUGAUGGUCCGCAAUAUGGUCUGA